CUCAUUUUGUGAAGAGGCCGAGUGUUGGUGGGAGCCUCAGUCGAGAGGGGGACAAGAACAGGGCAAGAACCGUUAAUCCCAUUGAAACUCUGAGAGACCGCCCCCCGGAGGUUCAAUUAUAAUCCCAAUUGGAACAGGAAAAACAAAUUUGGGAAGAUUUUCUGCAUUGUGUGGACAUUUCGUUGGGACUUUGGAGCAUCAGAUAGAUAUCUAGAAGAGAUUAAACGAAUCCGGGUAGGAAAUGACCGCUCUAGUUGGACAUACUGAAUGUAACGACUGAAGGGAACUGGGUUGGAUCCGCCCGGUGGUGUGAGGUGUUGACAUCUCGGUGCUGAAGAUGGGACUCUUUGCCGCUUCGUGCACAUUUGCACUGCUCUUGCUAACGCUCUGUGCGUCCAGGGUUUGGAGCAAUGAAAUCCUUGGGUUAAAGAUCCCAGUUGACCCUGUGCUAACUGCCAACACCGUGUGUCUAACACUCUCGAGCCUGACUCGCCGGCAGCUGGAAGUCUGCAUGAGGUAUCCAGAUGUGACGGCCUCUGCCAUCCAGGGCAUCCAGAUCGCCAUCCAUGAAUGCCAGCACCAGUUCCGAGACCACAGGUGGAACUGCUCUAGCCUGGAGACCAAGAACAAGAUUCCCUACGACAGUGUGAUCUUCAGCCGAGGCUUCAAGGAGAGUGCUUAUGCUUACGCCAUUGCAGCUGCAGGAGUGGUUCACGCCGUCUCCAACGCCUGCAGCCUGGGCAAGUUGAAAGCCUGCAGUUGCGAUGACCAGCGGCGGGGGGACGAGGAGGCCUUCAGACUCAAACUCAACCGUCUGCAGCUGGAGGCUCUGAACCGGGGCAAGGGAAUGGUGCACGGGGUGCUGGAGCCCCUACCCGGGGAGCUGCCAGGGCCCCAGGACUCCUGGGAGUGGGGAGGCUGCAGCCCCGACGUGGAGUACGGAGAAAAAUUCUCCAGGGACUUUCUGGAUUCCCGGGAAACCUACAAGGACAUCCAUUCCAGGAUGAGGCUGCACAACAACAGGGUGGGAAGGCAGAUGAUAGCCGACAACAUGAAGAGGAAGUGUAAAUGCCAUGGGACAUCUGGCAGCUGCCAGCUCAAGACCUGCUGGCAGGUGACGCCAGACUUCCGCACGGUGGGCAGUCUGCUGAAGCGCAAGUUCUACAACGCCACGCUGAUCAAAGCCCACAACCGCAACACCGGCCAGGUGGAGCAGGCCCACCACCCGCACCGCAGGAAGUCCACCGCCGGGGAGCUGGUCUUCUUCGAGGACUCGCCCAACUUCUGCGAGCGGGAGCCCGAGCUGGACUCAGCUGGGACCCGGGGACGCAUCUGCAACAAGACCAGCCCUGGCUUGGACAACUGCGAGAGCCUGUGCUGCGGCAGGGGUCACAACAUCCUGAGGCAAUCCCGAAGGGAGAGGUGUAAUUGCAAGUUCCACUGGUGUUGUUACGUCGCAUGCGAGGAGUGUAGAGUAACCGAGUGGGUGAGCGUGUGUAAGUGAAUCCCACCUGCAAAAUAACACACACACACACACACACACACACACACACACACACACACACACACACACACACACACACACACACACACACACACACACACACACACACAAACACAAACACACAUACAAACUAAUGAUAAUGAAUAUUAAGCCUGGAAUAAUAAAAGAACAACAAAGACACGGAGGCAAUGGACUUCAAAAUUGUGCGCUGGCUUCACUGGACGUGUGCAUUGUGCAAUUCGAGACCCAUCUCAUUUUUACUGAACUCGGUCACACUAUCUUCCUUGAAACUGGGCCAGAAAUUUCUGCAGACGGAGACACAAGAGACUGCAGAUGCUGGAACCUGGAGCAACACACAAAAAAGUGCUGGAGGAACUCAGCGGGUCAGGCAGCAUCUAUGGAGGGAAAUGGACAGUCGACGUUUCGGGUCGAGACCCUUCACCUUGACAAUUUGCUGCCCAGUGAAUCCUGCCUACCCCGGUGUACUUUCUUCUUUUCCAAGUCAACACGACAGAAGAAAUUCAAGUGAUUGACAGGAUGUGCCAGUGGGGAACUGCUUGCAAAGUUCAGAGACUCAGGAGAAAGAAAAAAACUUCAAAAGACUUUUGGGAAAAAAAUGUAAA